AUGGCGAAACUCGAGCCCUACAGCGGCGACUACUAUCUCUGGGAAUAUGUCCCUUCUAUAGCUGCCUCAGUCAUUUUCCUCCUCCUCUUCCUCGCUCCCACCCUCUUCCAUGUGUGGAAAGCCUGGAAAACGCACGCACGAUUCUGCAUUCCCUUUAUCCUUGGUGGUGUCUUUGAAGUAAUCGGCUAUGCCUUCCGCGCCGCCUGCACCAACGCGACUGCCAACCUCAUCCUCUACAUACUCCAGAGCGUCCUUAUUCUACUAGGUCCCGUUCUCUUUGCUGCAAGCGUCUACAUGGUUCUCGCACGUUUAAUUCGCAGCGUUGGUGCUGAAAAGUACUCCUUAGUCCGCAUCAGCUGGGUUACGAAGACUUUCGUCGCGGGUGACAUUGUCUCGUUUCUGGUUCAGGGCCAAGGCUCAGGGUUAAUGGCUUCGGACGGAUUGGAGAAUAUAGCAAAGGCGAUCGUGAUCUGUGGACUUAUGAUCCAGGUCUUUGUGUUCGGGUUCUUUAUCAUCACUUCCAUGGUCUUUGAGAAGAGGAUGAAGCGCGCGCCGACAAGUGAAGUGCCUUACACUCAUCACCUGUAUCCGCUGUACGCGGUUAGCUGGCUGAUAAUGAUCCGCUCAAUCUUCCGGGUUAUCGAGUAUGCGACGGGGCAGAAGGGGUACUUUUUUGGCAAACGAAUGGCCGCUUUUCGUGUUUGA